GAACGUUCUAUCGGGUUCUAGGGUAGUUCGCCAUCUUUGGAAACGAGUAGUCGGAGUUAUUUUCCAGUUACUUUGUUUAUAUUUUUCACAAAAGCGAUAAACCUACUGUUUUGAACCCCAGGACUUUAAAAGGAAGAUGCGCCACACAAAACGAAUGCGCUCCCCAGGUGUCUGGCUAGAUGAGUACAGCUGGGAAGAGAGAAUGGAGUGUUGUAAGCGAAAGAAAAGAGAUUCACACAGCAGCGAAAGAGAAAAUAAGUCCAGAAGAACUCAACAUCACCAAAAGACUCACGAGGGGCACUACCUGGAGACCCGCAGUUUGAACCAGAGGCUGGACUCUCGGGAAGGACACACCCACGACCACAGUGUGGACAUGGCUUGUGAGGAAGACAGUCGCGAAGGCACCUGCAAGAACAGAGUCCUUGACUGGCACCACUACAGCAAGUCAUCGGGGCGCAGUGGUCGGAGUGGCCGCAGCAGGCGAAGCAGCCGCAGGCACAGAGACAGAAGGCACAGACGUAGCCACUCUCGCCACAGGUCCUCCUCGAGGAGGAGCCAUCACCGCAGGAGCAGGAAAAGAUCCAGGAGUGUUGAGGAUGAUGACGAGGGUCACCUCAUCUAUCACAGUGGAGACAUGCUGAGAGCGAGAUAUGAGAUUGUGUGUACUCUAGGAGAGGGUGCCUUUGGGAAGGUCGUUGAAUGCAUUGAUCACUCUAAUGAUGGAGCUCGAGUGGCUCUGAAGAUCAUUAAAAACAUAGACCGCUACCGUGAGGCGGCUAUGUCUGAGGUAGAGGUGCUUGAAAAGUUGAAGACCCUUGACUCUGACAGGAGAUAUGCAUGUGUGCACAUGCUGGACUGGUUUGACUACCAUGGCCACGUUUGUAUCGCCUUUGAGCUGCUUGGCCUCAGCACCUAUGAUUUCCUCAAGGAGAAUAACUUCCAGCCUUUCCCCAUUGAACACAUCAGACACAUGGCUUACCAGAUCAUCCGAGCGGUUCGAUUUUUGCAUAAAAACAAGCUGACUCACACAGAUCUGAAGCCUGAGAACAUUCUCUUCAUUGAUUCAAACUAUGAUAUCGAGUACAAUGCUGAAAAAAAACGGGAUGAACGAACAUUGAAGAACCCUGAUGUGAAGAUUGUAGACUUUGGUAAUGCCACAUAUGAACACGAGCACCACACGUCUGUGGUGUCAACACGCCACUACCGUGCUCCUGAAGUCAUAUUAGAUCUGGGCUGGGACCAUUCCUGUGAUGUCUGGAGUGUAGGCUGUAUACUCAUCGAGUACUAUCUUGGAUCGACUCUCUUCCAGACCCAUGACAGUAAAGAGCACCUUGGUAUGAUGGAGAGAGUCCUCGGCCCCAUCCCCACAAACCUCCUGCAGAAAACCAGGAAACGGCGGUACGUUCACCGGUGCAAGCUGGACUGGGAUGUGCACAGUUCUUCCGGGAGAUAUGUCAGGAAACACUGCAAACCCCUCAAGCAUUACAUGGUGUCUAAGGGUGAAGACCACCAGCAGUUGUUUGACCUGAUUGAGAAGAUGAUGGAGUAUGACCCAGCUAAGCGCCUCAGUCUUGAACACGCCCUCCGACACCCCUUCUUCUCCUGCUACUACAAUAGCAGCAGGAGCAAAAGCAGCAGCAGCAGCAAAAGCAGCAGCAGCAAAAAAGACUGAACACCUUAACCUGUAACCUUGGUCACGGCCUGGCUGUCACCAUGACGUUUGUCAUGGUGCUCAGUGUUCGCCUCUACAUCCUGACUCUCCAGGAGAGAUGUACCUCAACUGACUGUAUCAGUCCACUGCCCUGCUUUGCUGUGUCCUGUCCCUAAGCCACUGUAUUUCUUAAUCUCACGCAUUCCAUAAAUUGUUUUCAACUGUGGAAUGUUAUGUAAUGAAGCUGAAGCCCCCAAAUGAUUUCUAUUUAUUUUGCCAUUCAUAUUUACCCGUAAUUUCAUAAUUUACCCGUUUUGUUUGUUUUUUUUUUUUUUUUUUGUUUUGUUUUUUAAAUUCCUGAUUAGUUCUAUUUUGUCCAUGUUGUAUCUGUGCAUUUUCAAGUAGAUGAUGGGUCAAAUAACAGACUGAGAAAUGCUUUACCCUGCUUCACUUCACCAGUCAUAAUUUUAUUGCAUUGUAGGUGUAAAAAGCUAUUGCAGGCAGAAAACCCCAUGUAUAUAGAAUUUGUUAAGAUAUUUCUUUUUUCCACUGACUGGUUAUGUAACUUUUGCAUUAUCAUGUACAUUUUCUCAAUAAACGUGAAUAGAUGACAGAAAUGUGUGUUUAUACAG